AUGACUGCCGGUGUUUCCAAGGGCUCCUCAGGCUGUGUACAACGUGAAGAGGUCGUUCCCUUCUUUUACCCUCGCACACCCCUCCAAAUCUCCAUCAUUGCUUUCCCUUCCGACUAA